AUGUCUUACGACCCCGAAAAUCUACGAGCAGUUACUGAAGAAAAGGAAAUAACCAGUAUAGAAGAGUUAUCCGAUUCGUCUGAUUCAUCUAAUUCGUCAUUCGAUUCGUCGUCCAUUGAUUCCUAUGAUGAUAGUUCUGAGUUGGCAACUGAUGAAGAAAUUCUUGAGGCCGAGUUGAUGGAUCCUCAACAACAUGAACGAAACAUGAUUUUAAUGGAACGAAUCAUUAAUUCUGAAAUAAAUGACAGCUACGGUGGUCUUCUUCCUUUACGCACUAAAAAUGAAAUAGUUGAUUUAGUAAUAUCUAAACCAGAAAUUGACCUUAAACCUGAGACAAAUAUAAAACUGAUUGGAACAAUACUUCACAUUGUGGAAAAUUAUGUGGUUAUUAAAUCAAUUAAUUCUGGUGAAAAUCAAGUUUUGGAUUCUGAUACUGUCUUACUGCUUGAAGGCCCCGAGGUUUUUGGGACCAUCUUUGAGACUAUAGGUCCAGUUAGUCAACCUUUAUACGUUGUUCGGUUCAAUAAUGAAAACGAAUUUAAUAAAGAAAAAACCGUGGAAGGCGCUAGUGUAUAUGCUGCAGAUGGAUAUAUUCAUUAUGUGUUCCCUGAUCAAAUUCGCCAGUUUAAAGGAUGUGACGCUAGUAAUAUUAACGACGAAGAAGUUGAUGAAAAUGAGCGUGAUUUUUCGGAUGAUGAACAAGAAAUAUGGCAUAAAAAAACUCUUAGGCAAGAAAAUGCUAGGGAACAUGGUGAAUUAGAAAACCCAAAACAGAUUGGUAAACGCGCGUUUCGUAGUGAUGCAAGCUCUUCCAAUACUGUCACAAAUGGUUCUAAUAAUAACACUCGAAGACGAAAUAGUCAUAGAGGUGGUAGAGGUGCAGGCCUUCGACAACAACCACGAUAUCCUGAUGAUUCUUUUGGAUAUAAUAUUCUACCUAGACCGAAAAACUUUUUACCACCUCCCUCAUAG